GCGCGUGCAGGGAGCCGGCUGGCGAGGCGUGCGGUGGGCGGAGCGCCGCGCUGACGUUGCCCGGGAUGCGGGCAGGUUCUGCCGCCUCCAGAGUCGCAGCCGCAGAUGCCGCCGCCGCCUCCGCCUUGCCUGCCACCAGGGUUUGUAUGAAAACACAGGGCGGCGGGCGGCGAGGGAUCUGCCGUGAUCCGGGUGCCAAGCCGGGUGCUGCGGCUCUGCGCGGUCCUCGCCAGCGCCCCAUCUUGAGCCGAUUAUCUGCAAUUAUGAAAUGAAGUAACUCAAGAUGAGCAAGUUAAAAGUCAUACCAGAGAAAAGCCUUACCAAUAAUUCUAGGAUUGUGGGACUCCUGGCUCAGCUGGAGAAGAUCAAUGCUGAAUCCUCAGAAUCAGAUGCUGCCCGAUAUGUUACAUCAAAAAUUCUUCAUCUGGCUCAGAGUCAGGAAAAAACGAGGAGAGAAAUGACAGCCAAAGGUUCUACAGGAAUGGAAAUUCUGCUGUCAACAUUAGAGAACACUAAAGAUCUUCAAACUACACUUAAUAUCUUAAGCAUUCUUGUUGAGCUGGUAUCAGCUGGUGGAGGUCGAAGAGUGAGUGUUUUAGUCACCAAAGGUGGUUCACAAAUAUUGUUGCAGUUACUUAUGAAUGCCAGCAAAGAAUCUCCCCCACAUGAAGAGUUAAUGGUACAGAUUCAUUCUAUUCUUGCAAAGAUUGGACCAAAAGAUAAAAAAUUUGGAGUAAAAGCUAGAAUUAAUGGGGCUCUGAAUAUAACCCUGAAUUUGGUCAAGCAGAAUUUACAGAAUCAUCGCUUGGUGCUACCUUGCCUUCAGCUUCUACGAGUAUAUUCUGCCAACUCUGUGAAUUCAGUAUCCUUAGGGAAAAAUGGAGUUGUGGAACUGAUGUUUAAAAUCAUUGGACCAUUUAGUAAGAAGAAUUCCAGUCUUAUAAAGGUUGCUUUAGACACUCUUGCUGCAUUGCUAAAAUCAAAAACAAAUGCCAGGAGAGCUGUAGACAGAGGAUAUGUCCAAGUGCUUUUAACAAUUUAUGUAGAUUGGCACCGCCAUGAUAAUCGGCAUAGAAACAUGCUCAUUCGAAAAGGAAUUUUACAGAGUUUAAAAAGUGUUACAAACAUCAAGUUGGGAAGAAAAGCAUUUAUUGAUGCCAAUGGGAUGAAAAUUCUGUAUAACACUUCACAAGAAUGUCUAGCAGUGAGGACUCUUGAUCCUCUUGUCAAUACCUCCAGUCUGAUAAUGAGGAAGUGUUUCCCAAAAAAUCGACUGCCACUCCCAACGAUUAAAAGUUCUUUUCAUUUCCAGUUGCCUGUUAUUCCUGUGACUGGUCCUGUGGCUCAGCUCUACAGCUUACCCCCGGAAGUGGAUGACGUAGUAGAUGAAAGUGAUGACAACGAUGAUAUUGAUGUAGAAGCUGAAAAUGAAACUGAGAAUGAAGAUGACCUAGAUCAAAAUUUUAAGAAUGAUGAUAUUGAAACAGAUAUUAACAAACUAAAACCCCAGCAAGAACCGGGACGAACAAUAGAAGAUCUAAAAAUGUAUGAACACCUUUUCCCUGAGCUUGUUGAUGAUUUUCAGGACUAUGAUUUAAUCUCCAAAGAACCAAAGCCUUUUGUAUUUGAGGGAAAAGUACGUGGUCCUAUUGUUGUUCCUACAGCAGGCGAGGAAACAUCUGGGAAUUCUGGCAGUUUAAGAAAAGUUGUAAUGAAGGAGAACAUACCUUCUAGAGGAGAUGAAGGUGAAAAGAAGUCCAUCUUUAUGGAUCUGGCAAAAGAAGAUAUUAAAGAUGAUAGAACAUUGCAACAGCAGCCAGGUGAUCAAAAUAGAACUAUUUCAUCAGUUCAUGGUUUAAACAAUGAUAUUGUGAAGGCCUUGGACCGAAUUACAUUGCAGAAUAUUCCUUCUCAAACAGCCCCAGGUUUUACUGCAGAAACGAAGAAGGACUGCAGUCUUCCUCUCACUGUCCUUACAUGUGCUAAAGCAUGUCCACAUAUGGCUGCUUGUGGAAAUGUCCUGUUUGAGGGAAGAACAGUUCAGCUAGGGAAGCUUUGCUGCACUGGAGUUGAAACUGAAGAUGAUGAAGAUACUGAGUCAAAUUCAUCAGUAGAACAAGCAUCAGUUGAAGUACCUGAUGGACCAACACUCCAUGACCCAGACCUCUAUAUUGAGAUUGUGAAAAAUACAAAGUCUGUCCCAGAAUAUUCAGAGGUGGCUUAUCCUGAUUAUUUUGGUCACAUUCCACCACCAUUCAAAGAGCCUAUUUUAGAAAGGCCGUAUGGUGUACAAAGGACAAAAAUUGCUCAAGAUAUUGAAAGGCUAAUACAUCAGAGUGAUAUCAUAGAUCGUGUGGUAUAUGACUUAGAUAACCCAAAUUAUACUAUUCCAGAAGAAGGAGAUAUUUUGAAAUUUAACUCCAAAUUUGAAUCUGGGAAUCUGCGUAAAGUAAUUCAAAUUAGAAAAAAUGAAUAUGAUCUUAUUCUGAAUUCAGAUAUAAACAGCAAUCAUUACCAUCAGUGGUUUUACUUUGAAGUGAGUGGAAUUCGGCCAGGUGUUGCUUACAGGUUUAACAUCAUUAACUGUGAAAAGUCCAACAGUCAGUUUAAUUAUGGUAAGACAGUUUUCUUUCCCAAUUGAGAUGGCAUGCAGGCAUCUUAACUGUAGAAAAGAAGUUUUUUUAAAAAAUUAUCAACUUUGAAAAAAUGUUUCAGUGUCUUGUUUUCUCUAGUUCUUAAAAUUCAGGUGUUACGCAACAUUUCAAAUAGAGUCUGGUAACUCUAUCUCAAAUGUUGCAAGUCCUUUAAAGUGUAAUGAUUGAUUUCAUCCAAAUUGAAGGCAACUAAAGGUUUACUAGUAUCCUCCGAUGGUGACAUCUGAUUGUGUAAUUUUUCUUGAUGGUGACAUCUGAUUGUGUAAUUUUUCUUCUUUAGCCUGCUACUGUGGUAUAUUAUGUUGAUUUAUUUUCGAAUGUUGAAUGAGACCUCCCCCUUUUUUUUUUUUUUGGAGUAAACCCCACUUGGUUAUUGUGUACAAAUUGCUAAUAUUUUAAGAAUUUUUUAAUUUCUACUAAUGAGGAAUAUUGGUCUAUAGUUUUCUUUCUUUUCUUUUUUUUUUUUUUUGGUUUUGGUACUGUGUCUGCUUUUGGUAUCAUGGUAUUACUGACCUCAUGAAAUUAGUUGGGAAGUGUU